AUGUCCACAAUCUCAAAGACACAUUUCAAUGGAGAAAAGGGCAAUCAUUUUGUUGGAGUGGGUCACAAAACCGAUCAACAUCAGUCUUUGGAUUCAGAUUAUAUGGAUAUGACAAGAAGUCAGACCGGUGUUAUUGAGUCUGACAACAUCAAGAUGGGGCUUCAUGACCCUUUCAGAGCGAGGAAACAUUUAUCCAGUGUGAGUGGGCCUUGUAGAUGGUUCCUCCCUCAGAGCAGAGUGCACGUGGUGAGAUUGCAUUUCAGUUAGGUGCUGAAAGCGUCUGCAGCAGUAAGACACCUACAUCUUCUGGCUCUGAUGAAAUGGAACUGACAAGGAGCCAGACUGUUGCAAUUGAAUCCAAAUGGAUUAACAUGACGUUUACCUCCCAAACAAAUGCACCAUUAGGGAAUGUGGCAAAGGUGUCAAUUAGUCCGGCAAAUGAUAUGGAAGUGAUAAGACUAGUAGAACCGACACAUUUUAGAAAUAAUCCUGUAGCUGUACCCACAAACCUGGAGGAGAAGGAAAUGAUCAGAGACGAAACUCAAAUAUUUUCUGAGGAUCAUGAAAUUGAGAUUACCAAGGCUGUCACAACGCAAAUUGAACAACAUGAUGCACCCACCAAUGAUGACAUGAAGGACCCUUCAUCCACCACAAAGGCAAUUUCCUUGUGUCUACCUGAGGGUCAACUUGGAGAAAUCCCCACUAACCUUAGAGAACACUUUGACCUAAAGGGAUUGGCAGACAAUGAACCUGAUCUGAAAGACGAAGACCGCUCCAUUAUUCCUAACAAACCAGAAAGUUCUCCCAUUGCCUCUUCAGUCUCAAAAGACGAUGAUAAUGUACCUUCAAAGAAGGCAAAGACCAGGCGAAUGAGUUUGGACGAUCUCCAGUUGAAACUUUAA